CUCCAAUCCUAACUCGCUACGAGACACACCACUUGGCGCGUGGCCUAGCAUCUCCCAUCUCCACGCAACCGUUACAAAUUCCUCCAACUCCAGCAACAACGAAGACAUUUUUCGUUUCGUUUCUUUUCUCCCUUGUCCCUGCUAAAUCCAUCUGUCCGCUUCCCUCGCACCCACUGCGUACAAAUACCGAAUCUUUUUCACCGGGGAUGCGGGCAGGUUUAGUAGUAUAGGAUUGUUGUUAGACUAUUUAUAUAAAGUAUCCAUCUUUUGAUUUUUUGUUGUCGUUGUUGUUGAGAGUUAGGUGAUUUUGUUGCAUCGUCUAUGGGUGUGCUUGGUGAUUCUCAGAUAGAUGGUGGUGGUGGUGGUGGUGGAGGUGGGUAUGGUUUGUGGGGUGGUUGUUUUAGGGGUUUGGUGAGAAGGAAGCAGGUGGAUUCUAUGCAUACUAAGGCCGGAAGACACCAUCAAUUGGCUAAGGAUUUGAGUGUUCUUCACCUUAUUGCGAUUGGUGUUGGCUCAACAAUUGGAGCAGGAGUGUAUAUUUUAGUUGGAACGGUGGCUAGAGAGCAUUCAGGACCAGCUCUCACCCUCUCGUUUCUAAUAGCUGGAAUAGCUGCGGCUUUUUCAGCCUUUUGCUAUGCAGAGCUUGCAAGUCGUUGCCCGUCUGCCGGGAGUGCCUAUCACUAUUCGUAUAUAUGUGUUGGGGAAGGUAUUGCAUGGUUGAUUGGUUGGGCUCUAAUUCUUGAGUAUACAAUUGGUGGUGCUGCUGUUGCUCGUGGCAUAUCUCCAAAUCUGGCAUUGCUUUUUGGAGGUGGAAAUAGUCUACCGGCUUUUCUCGCUCGCCAUUAUAUUCCUGGGCUUGAGAUUGUUGUAGACCCUUGUGCUGCAAUUCUAGUGUUUAUUGUCACUGGCCUUUUGUGCGUGGGAAUCAAGGAGAGCACAGUUGCACAAGGAAUUGUCACUACUGCCAAUGUAUGUGCCAUGCUCUUUGUCAUAGUAGCUGGUAGUUAUCUGGGAUUCAAGACUGGAUGGGUGGGAUAUGAACUUCCCACUGGAUAUUUUCCCUUUGGAGUCAAUGGGAUGCUUGCUGGGUCUGCAACUGUCUUCUUUGCCUACAUUGGUUUUGAUUCAGUCGCCAGUACUGCUGAGGAGGUAAAGAAUCCUCAACGAGAUUUGCCAUUGGGCAUUGGAGCUGCUUUGUCUAUUUGUUGUGCAUUGUAUAUGCUGGUCUCCAGUGUCAUUGUUGGUCUGGUACCUUAUUAUGCAAUGGAUCCUGACACUCCCAUCUCCUCUGCAUUUGCAAACCACGGGAUGCAAUGGGCAGCGUACAUAAUAACAAUUGGAGCUGUUACUGCACUCUGCUCAACAUUAAUGGGUUCAAUUCUUCCUCAGCCACGAAUUCUGAUGGCAAUGGCAAGAGAUGGGUUGCUGCCAUCAUUCUUUUCAGAUGUUAAUAAACACACUCUGGUUCCAGUCAAGAGUACUAUUGUGACUGGUAUUGUUGCUUCAACUUUGGCAUUCUGUAUGGAGGUUUCUCAGUUGGCUGGAAUGGUCAGUGUGGGUACACUUCUCGCCUUUACUAUGGUGGCAAUUUCUGUAUUGAUUCUCAGAUAUGUCCCACCAGAGGAGGUGCCACUUCCAUCAUCACUCCAGGAAUCAAUCGAUUCUGUGUCUUUGCUAUAUAAUCAGAGUUCUGUAUCUAUUAAUGAGAAAAACCUUGAUGUUAACAUUGGCACUUCCAGCGAUAUUCAACCUUUACUCAGCAAAAAGGUUGCACCAGUUGCUUAUCCUAUUAUUAAGCAAGUUCAAGAUGUUUUCAGUGAAAAGAACCGGAGAAAAAUUGCCGGCUGGACUAUAAUGUUCACUUGUGUAGGGGUGUUUCUUCUCACGUACUCAGCUUCAGAUUUGAGCCUUCCUAGGAUCCUUCGGUUCUCGUUGUGUGGAGUUGGUGGGGCUCUUCUUCUGUGUGGUCUGGUUGUGCUAACCUCUAUAGAUCAAGAUGAGGCAAGACAUAGCUUUGGGCACACUGGAGGUUUCUUAUGCCCAUUUGUUCCACUCUUGCCCAUUGCCUGUAUUCUUAUCAAUGUCUACUUACUGAUUAAUCUUGGCGCCGCCACCUGGGCCCGUGUUUCAGUGUGGCUUAUCAUCGGAGUAUUGGUUUAUGUAUUCUAUGGCCGCACUCACAGCUCACUGCUAGAUGCAGUCUACGUUCCUGCUGCUCAUGUUGAUGAAAUUUAUCGUAGUUCUGGUUCUGGAAAUUCUUUGGCUUAGUCUGUGUUAAAAUUGCCAUCAUCCCGGCAAGCUGGGAUAGUAGGUUAGUUUUACAGAAGAUCCUCUUUGUUGUAAGCUUGAAAUUCCCACCUCGGGAAUGCAUAAUAUGUGUAAUAUUGUUGUGGCUGGCUAGUGACUUGAAUUCGGUCUCAAGUUUGUAUAGAAUCUGUCACUGUCAAUGUUUAGUUGGGGCUCGCAGAAAUAGUGUAAAUAAUUUGCAAAUUCAACAUGUAUGAUAGAUUGAUUUCCUCUGUAUUUGUGUCUCUCAAUUUUGCCUUCUCUGA